AUGAAAUUGAAGAGCUCUCGGAGCAACGACCGCCUGAAAACCAUAUCCUCGCAGCAGCACCAGUCUGUCGCCCUCCUUAACCAGCAGUUGACCUGGUGUCUCACAGCAACCCCUCUCUGGAAUAGGGCCCUAGAUUACUGCCUGCUUUCAUUUGCUUCGUCACCGACUGCAUACUCCGACAAACAUAACCUUCCAUACUACAAUGAAAUAGAGCUCGAUGACGACGGCUGGCUUGUGACCCCUCCCGCCGGCCAUCGCUUGUCGGACGCUCUAGUUUUCCUCAUCGUCGGCCAAAACCUUGUUGUCGCAAGAAACCGCCAUGGAAAGUGGCCCGCCGACUUCAACUCGGACGGCGACUUGAACCCGGACCGAUGGCCACAGGGCGACCCUGUCGUCAUAUGGGCUCAUGGCAUUCCGUUCAUACCUGUCUACGCAGACUACUACGCCUUGGUCGGCUCACACUUACACAAAUACAUGUGGCUUCUGACCAAGAAGCUCAUGCGAAAAUGA